UGUCCCGCUAUAGAGCAAUACAAAAUGGAGUUUCUUAAGGCAAUGCAAAACUCAAGAAAAUACACAAGAUUAAAAGCAAUAGGCAAAAGUCUAUUUCCAUGUUAUUUACCUAACAUCAAGCUGGUAUUUAUGUUAUUUGCAUAAGAGCCGGGCUUCAGUUUCCCUUCCUGGCUACUGUCAGCUCUUUGAUGCCAGAAGUAUCUCCCCUGAGGGGUAGGUACAGCACCUGGGGCAAGAAAGCUUUGUCUUCUGAGUGGCUUUGAAUUGAACCCAGAGAGGACUAGCAGGGAGAGCCCUGUGUAUUCCCACCCAAGCAAUUACCAGUGUGCUGAGCUCCCCUGCCUCUGGCAUCCCACAUGCUCCCAAUGUCUCCAGCAAAGCAACUCCUCAUUCCCUGUGGUCUUCCAGGAGCACCUGUCCCUCUUGACACAGUGACCUUUGCUCUUGCUGAUCCAGCUAUACAGAAGCUAAUCUAUUUAUCUGGCAGCAUUUGCAUGAUCAUGUGGACCUGGAUUCCCCCAAGGACUUUGCUGCCCCAGAAGCCUUGGCUUGAUAAACCCUGGUAGUAUGAGGCCAAAUCCCCCAUGGAAGAGGCUGAGGACCCUAAAUCCAGUCUCCCUCCCAAAACAAAGCUGAGGCUCUGGGUCCAAUCCUAUUCCAGCUCUUGGGUGCAAUUAUAUCCCACCCUGUUCAAGUCCCUAAAAAAAACACGGAUGCAUUUACUUCUGUACCACGCUGUUGCCUUGAGACUAAAUCACAAGCAGCAGUGAGAAGCACCCACACACCUUCCACAUGACCUGGUUUCCAGGGCCAUGAAUGGGGCAGACUAGGAUUACACUCAGGCACUUAAUUGGUGACUAGAACUAGCCCUAAAUCCUUUUUUCCCUUGAAAAUGGGAGGCUUGUUCUAAAGACAGUGCUAUACCCCUCUUUCCUAUGGCUCCUGUCAAGAAACUAUAUCCUACCACUAAGGAGUGAGGAAGGAGGGAUGUUCCUUCCUGACCCCACCACUGGUGACCAAAGGAUGCCCUGAAGCAUGAGGAUGGAAAGUUGCUGCCAUGGUCACCUUGCUAUUUACCAUGGCAAUUGCUGUUCCUUUUUUUCCUGGUUGCUGUCAGCAUUUUCGAAGCAAAACCAAAAGAGAAAGAUGCCACCAUAGCAAUACAGGUAACCCAGUGAACCAGGCUCUGGACUAUUCCUCCGUGCAAAGAUGUUCUUCACCCUUAAUACUUAGAAGUAUAUUUCUUCCUUGAUUCAAGCAAGAAAAUGGUGCAAUAAUUCCGACUGUGCCCAAGUAAAGGCUUAGUCCCGCCAAAUGCUGAGCACUUUCACCUCCCAUUUGGAUGGGUGAGAGUUGAGGCUAUGCAGUGCUAUACAACAGUCCAGUCAGUCUUAGGGCCCAGUAAUUGGGUGAGAGCAUUCGUCUCUGCAGGAUCAGGCCCUUGGCAAGGGAAAGGAAACAACACAUCAGCACCUCCUGCUGUCCAAGCUGGUGAAUGACACCAAAGUAGGGUGAUCCAAGUUUGAGAGGCAGCUGGCCCAGCCAGCUCACCUCCUGACGGCUGUGGAAAGACACUUGUGGAAAUAUUUUCUCAGAGCCCCUGGCUAGAAUUGAAUCUGCAAGAUCAUUUUGCUCUCAUUACUGGAAGCACUUGAAACCCAACGCCAGUGUGUUCCUGAAGUAUUCAUGAAGUGCCUGGGACAACAAGCACGGCCAGCACCCAGGGACGCCACGGACCUGCUGCCCUGCUCCUAGCACCCGGGGUUAACAGCAGCUUUGUGCCCCAGAGCAGAGGAUGGGACCUGCUGGGAGACCCUUCAAGGCAGCAACCAGGCCCCAGGGGCUGCUCCAGGUGUGAGAGCGCCUCCAGGGCCCUAUGGAGAGCACCACCGUGCAGCCGUACGUCGACGUAGACAAGGGCUUCGCCAUCGGCUUUGUCGUGCUCAUGUGCCUCUUCUUGAUGGCCAUGAUGGUGCGGUGCGCCAGGCUGGUGGUGGACCCCUACCGUGCCAUCCCCACCUCCACCUGGGAGGAGGAGCAGAUCAACUGAUCAGCAGCCUACACAGAAAUGGAUUCCCAGGAGAUCGGAGAGCUGCAGCAGGAAGUGAUGGAGGAGCUGGGCAUCUCCAUGGA